AUGUACUUCACCACCCACCUGCGCGACCAGCACACCGCGCCCGCCUCUCUGCGCGCUGCCCACUGCCAGAGGCCCGCACAAGCACCCUCCAACAGGAACCCCGCCGACUCGCCCGCCCCGGAAAAAGCCCAGCUGCGUGGCGCAGGCCCAUUGCCCGCCCGCGCACACGACGUGCCUCCACCACCCUUCCCCCAUGCGCCUGCCAGCACGUUCAAAAAGCCCCAUGGCUCCACUGGGAUCCAGCAGCAAAUGGCCAGCCCGCCUGUCCACCUGUACGCCGUCGACGCCGCUCCCGCGCACCCGCGGGCCCACGACGCCCGCGACGACGUCAAAAGGACCCAUCUCGACAACCUCUCCACACUAAUGCACUCGUGUCUGCUCACCGGAGACUAUGACCGCGCCAGCCGGGCCUGGGGCAUGAUUCUGCGCACCCAGAUUGCUGGUGGAACCCACGUCGACCCUCGCAACCACAACCGCUGGGGCGUCGGCGCCGAGAUUCUUCUUCGACGCAGCCCGCAAACGCCACGCCCAGACUCGCACGACGAGCCCCAGCCGGCUCGUCAAAAUGGACCCUUCUCCCCCGAGGGCUUUGAACUGGCCCGCAACUACUACGAGCGUCUCAUCGUCCAGCACCCAACCCGGAAAACCCAGCCAUAUGCCGUCGACGAGCGCGUCUUCUACCCACCCAUGUUCUCGCUGUGGAUCUACGAGGUGCGCGAGAAGAGCAGGCGUGCAAAGAUGCAGCUGCAGCAAGAACGUGCAAACCGAUGCGUAACGCCGAGGAGCAUGUCAGUCGACAGCGCUGCGUCUGAAAGACCGGAUGACUCCGGCGCAAACGAAGAGGCAAUCCGUACACACGAGCUGGCCCAGGCCACCGAGAUUGCCGAGCGUCUUGACCAAGUCAUUGCGUCACCGCCCUUUGACAAACAGGCAAAUCUUCUCCAGCUGCGUGCCAACGUUGCUCUGUGGAUCAGCGACCUUGCCCUCGGCACACUCGACGUCGACGAUGACAGCGAUGCUGCAUUUCCUGCACGAAUCAGUGCAAACACCAGCAUCCCCGUUUCAGGCCGAAUCCAGCGUCUGUCCAAUGCCCGCAGAGAGCUCAAGGAAGCCCAUGCUUGCUUCGAGCGGGCUGCAGCAAACGGCGCUAAAGUGCAGACUCGGCUUCUUUCCAGCAUCAACACAAGACUCACCCAAGUGACCAAGUACUUGGACAAGUUGCAGCCUCCCCAAUUUGACCACGACUACUAG